CCAUUCCCUAGCACUUAACUACAUACGUCUAGGGUUCGUUCAAGGUUCAUUUUUCAUACCCCGUCAUACCCAUUCCGCCGAGAUCCUUCCUCCACUCAAGAUUUCACGUUUUGCUACUACCAACUCUACUACAACUACAUUACUCGACUACUCUACCACUCUUCCGCUCUACCGCUGAAAAUCCCACCAUCCGGAGUUGGUGUCUUACUAGCUACCUCUGCUUCCUUGACCUUCUGUUCAUGCCAAUACGUUCCUUGGUUGUUGCAGAGUACACGAACAUGAUCUAAUCGAAUCAAUUGAAGCAUUCUUUCCUAGAAUCUUCAAGUCUUCAAUUCAAACACUUCCAAAAAAAUUGAAAACUCAACCACAGUACAUAAGUACAUAGCACAUGCAUAUACACAUACACAUACAUACCUACUUGUACAAUUCAUCCCUCCAUUUACAUUUUGCUCUAAACUUUCAAUUUGAUGAUUACCAUCAAAUACAUCCAUUGGCACAAAACUUAUCAAUCAUCUCGGCUUCUUUUUCCGUUUAGUUUACUUUCUUCCAGCACUUAUAUCCGCUUUUGACUCAAGAGAAACGCUCCGAGAGCCCCACCAUCAAACCUCCAAAUUCUCCUUUCAGAUUCAACCUUCUCACUUCAACCUGCCCCGACUUUCGUGUGUGAAGGCUCCGGAGGUCUAUCCUCGACCAUAGUGCAAUUGCUACAAUAACCUAUAGCUCAUCGCUCACACUAUGGCUACACCUCAAGAAUUACCAUCGUCGACUCAACCGGCCCCGCUUGGUGAGUUUCAGCGCUUACUUCUGCUGUCCUUGAUCCAAUCCCGACUCCGUCUCGCUAUACAUUCGGAAGAGAAGGCUAACAAUCCUCUCCAGCAGGGACCGCAGGUUCUGUUCCAUUCAAAUUGAACGGCAAAUCCUCCACAGAAGGCUUACUCCAAGUCCGGUUCGCCGCGGCCAACGACCAAAUAGCACCGAAUGAAGGCUUCUCUGGUCUAUGUGAUGACAAGGCUGCACAAGAGGAAUCAAACAAGGAACAGUCAGACUUAGAUCAGUUAUCGAAAACUCUUCACGGGACGCAUCUGCAAGAACGUCGCAUGAGCCACUUUGCGUUCGAGCCUGUGUCUCUACCAGCUUCGAGAGUACGUCAUUCCCAGUUGCAAAAUCCUCUAUCUUUACGAGUUUCCCAGGGUACUUUAUGAUGACAGCCUGAAGUAUCAAGCUCUGCAAAAUGGAAAAUCUGGCAGAACCACGGGCUAGAUCCAGUACUCUUUAUGCAUAAGAGCCACAAUCUGGAGUUCUGUCUCCACUUGCAGUUCUCUAAGGUCUCUGCAAGGGAUACGCAUAAUGAGGCCCACAACAGUGCAUAUUGGUGUUUCUAUUAAUCUGACCUUAAAUCUGGGGUUCUGCUUGUUUCCCACUGACUCGUUGUAUUUUAGAUACCCUCAACUGAAGAGAACUCUCGUGAGGCUAGCCGCUAUAACACACAUAAUUCCUCGAAUCGGCCUUCUCCACAUCAAAGUCCUCAAACAUCAUCCAUGCAUUCUCCGCCCAUAACCCCCGCGGCCACAAGAUCGAGAGAUGCCCCGAUUGAAGCCUCAAAGGGACCUUCGCUCCAAAAUGCGGCAGCCGAAGGAGAUCCGGCGGCUGUGACUCCUCAGAUUUCACCACCUGGAACUUCACCAUCAACGACAGAUGCCGAUGCAUCUCGACCUGGAUCUUCCGGACAAAUGGCCCUCAGUUCUAGUCACUUGACCGAGACAGCGCCAUCCAAGCCGCACCAUACUUUUUCAAUCGGUCCUACUGCAAACGACACGUCCGUUCCUGUAUCUCGAGAACCCAGCCCAUUACGUUCUGCUGCUGCAUCAACUUAUAGCAGACCCUUUACACCUGCUGGAGAUUUAGAUGAUCCUUACGCCGCAUCUAGAAGAGUUCCGCAACCCAAGAACGCCGAGGCUAUUGAGUCAAGAUUCAGAUUUACUGCGAUAGGUGCAAAGAACCGACAAUCUCCAGCCUCGUCCACGACUAGCUUGCCAAGAUCAUCUAGAAGUGUGACAGAUGUGGUGAAGGCGCCAGCGCAAGGUGUGGAGAAACGUCAUACUGGUUUAUUUGGUCAUAAGAACCAUUUAACGGGCGCCCACGAUGAAAGUGCAUUAACAAUUCACAAAGCCCACGGCUCUAUGUCAGAGCUGAAGCGAUUCUUGAAGAUUGGUCAUCACAAAGCCAAGCGAUCUGGUUCUCCAACACCAUCCGCUAAAUCUGGCAAUUCAGUGAAUAAGACUCCACAAUAUGGCAAAGGACUUCAUCAACUUCCAUUUGGUGAAGAUCACGGGUUAACUUCGAAAUAUGGCAAGUUUGGGAAAGUCCUCGGAGCUGGAGCAGGAGGCUCUGUGCGUUUGAUGAAGCGAAGCAGUGAUGGUAAAACAUUUGCCGUGAAAGAAUUCCGUGCCAGACAUUCAUACGAAUCAGAAAAGGAAUACACGAAGAAAGUGACCGCCGAGUUUUGUAUAGGAUCGACUUUACAUCAUGGGAACAUCAUCGAAACAUUAGACAUUGUACAGGAGAAGGGGAAAUGGUUUGAGGUUAUGGAGUAUGCGCCUUACGACCUAUUCGCCGUUGUCAUGACUGGCAAAAUGUCGAGAGAGGAGGUUACCUGCUCUUUUCUCCAGAUCCUGAGUGGUGUUACAUACUUGCACAGUAUGGGCUUAGCUCAUCGCGAUCUGAAACUCGACAACGUAGUGGUGAACCAAUAUGGAAUCAUGAAAAUCAUUGAUUUUGGUAGUGCUAGCGUAUUCUUAUAUCCUUUUGAAGGAGACAUCACGCUGUCCAGUGGUAUGUUACCUGAAGCCUUACUGUCAAAUUGUGCUAACAUAAUUGCCGUAGGUAUUGUUGGUUCCGAUCCUUAUCUUGCUCCAGAGGUUUAUGACGAGAAAAGAUAUGAUCCUCAGCCAGCUGAUAUCUGGUCUCUCGCAAUCAUUUUCUGUUGCAUGUCUUUACGUCGUUUUCCAUGGAAAAUGCCUAGAAUAACAGAUAAUUCAUACAAGUUAUUUGCAUCUCCUCCAUCACCAGGAGCAGAAAUGCAUGAUGGAGAGGUCAUACCAGCUGCAAAGCAGUCUGAUUGUGAUCCUAACCAGUCGAAAAACGGCCCUAACGGUUCCACCACUUCAGUUCCUUCCAUGCUCGGUUUAAUUGAUUCUAUUGAAGGAAAGAAGCCUCCCGAGCCUCCUAAGCCAGAAGUGAUCAAAGGACCGUGGAGACUACUCCGCCUGCUACCAAGAGAGAGUAGGAAGAUUAUCGGACUCAUGUUGAAGCUGGAUCCAAAAAAGAGAGCUACAAUGGGACAGAUACUAGACGAUCCCUGGGUGAGGGAUACAGUGAUAUGUCGUCAAGAUUCUGAUGGCAACCCAAUAUCAGCUCCAGGUCAUGUACACACCCUCGAGCCACCAUCACCACAACCUUCUACCAAAUAACGAAUUUCACGUAGCGUUGGAUGACUCUCGGUUUGCAUAGUCAGUGUUGGGGUUAGGGGGCGUUUUUGGGGAUGGUUUACAUAGGUUGGUUUAUAUCGAUAGCACUAGAUUACAGUGCAUUUCAUACGGCUCGUUUAGAUAGUAGAGGAAUUGUAGUAGAUUGUAUAUCCCUAGGGUUUCUUGGAGGUUUAUAUUAUUUUGAUAAUAGAUACAUACCUCGGGGUUGUUUUUAGAUGGUGGUGACCUUGAGUCGUUUUUAUGACAUCAACGUCGAUUUUUAAUAGAAGCAUACGCUAUAUGUAUAUCUUUCAAUUCCGAUU